AGGGGCCCCACCGCCCCUCGGGGGGACCUGAUGGAUGGGGACAAGGGGCCGGGUGCGGGCCGGGCCGGGGGCCGGGAGCCCCCCGAUGAAGAGACCCUCGGGGCCCUGAGCCGGCGCCUGCGGGUGCAGGAGGAGGAGAUGGAGUUGGUGAAGGCGGCCUUGGCGGAGGCCCUGAGGAGGCUCCGGCUCCGGGAGGACGGGGGGCUGCGGGCCCUCCCUCCCUCUGCCCCCCUUCAGGACAUCCCCACUGGAAGGCUACUUUCCUCUCUUAGCCCCGAAGCACCCCCGGGACUGCCCCCCGUCCCCAGCCCCGCUGUGGUGAGCAGAGGGACGCAGACGGAACUGGAGCCGGAAGGCCGGUCAACCCCCCUUCAGGGGCUCAGCAAUGGACCCCCCGGGGGAGGCGAGGAGCAGGGGGGCACGAUGUCCGAAGGAGGAGGAAGCGGCGGCGGCGGCGGCGGCGGCUCCCCGGGCCCUCCUGGGGUCCUGCGCCCUCUCCAACUCCCUCGGUGUGGGGACACGCCACGCCGCAACUCCUCUUCGUCAUCGCCCUCGGAGCGGCCGCGACAGAAACUCGCCCGGAAGGCAGCGUCGUCGGCUAAUCUGCUGCUGCGGACCGGGAGCACGGAGAGCCGAGGUGGGAAGGAUCCCGUGUCUAGUCCUGGGGGCCCCGGUUCUCGCAGGAGCAAUUACAAUCUGGAGGGGAUCUCCGUGAAGAUGUUCCUCCGCGGCCGCCCCAUCACCAUGUACAUCCCUUCCGGCGUCCGCAGCCUGGACGAGCUGCCCAGCGGCCCACCCCCUGAGAGCCUCAGCCUCGACUGGGUUUACGGGUACCGGGGCCGGGACUCCCGCUCCAACCUGUUUGUGCUCCGCUCUGGGGAGGUGGUGUAUUUUAUUGCCUGCGUUGUGGUUCUGUAUCGCCCUGGGGGAGGGCCAGGGGGGCCCGGGGGCGGCGGCCAGAGGCAUUAUCGGGGUCACACGGACUGUGUGCGUUGCCUCGCCGUCCAUCCGGACGGCGUCCGAGUGGCGUCGGGACAGACGGCCGGAGUGGACAAGGACGGGAAGCCUCUCCAGCCCGUGGUUCACGUCUGGGACUCGGAGACGCUGCUGAAGCUGCAGGAGAUUGGACUGGGAGCGUUCGAGCGGGGUGUGGGAGCCUUGGCCUUCUCUCUGGCGGAUCACGGUGCCUUCCUGUGCGUCGUGGACGACUCCAACGAACACAUGCUCUCCGUCUGGGACUGCAGCCGGGGCACCAAGUUGGCCGAGAUCAAGAGCACAAACGAUUCCGUGUUGGCCGUGGGAUUCAGCCCCCGGGACAGCAGCUGCAUCGUCACCAGCGGGAAAUCCCACGUCCACUUCUGGAGCUGGAGCGGCGGCGGCGGGACCACGGGGAACGGGGGCCUCAGCCGGAAACAGGGCGUCUUUGGGAAAUACAAGAAGCCCAAAUUCAUCCCCUGCUUUGUGUUCCUCCCGGAUGGGGAUAUCCUGACGGGGGACUCGGAAGGGAACAUCCUCACCUGGGGAAGGAGCCAGCCUGACCCCAGGACCCCCGGGAGGGGUGGGGCCAAAGAGACGUUCGGGAUCGUGGCUCAGACGCGGGCCCACGAGGGCUCCAUCUUUGCCCUGAGCGUCCUGCGGGACGGCACCGUGCUGAGCGGGGGCGGCCGCGACCGGCGACUCGUGCAGUGGGGUCCGGGGCUCGUCGCCCUCCAGGAGGCCGAGAUCCCGGAGCUGUUCGGGGCCGUGCGGGCCAUCGCCGAGGGAGCGGGCGCGGAGCUCCUGGUGGGGACCACCAAGAACGCCCUGCUGCGGGGCCACCUGGCCCGGGGCUUCUCCCCCGUCAUCCAGGGCCACACGGACGAGCUGUGGGGCCUGUGCACGCACCCCUCCCAGAACCGUUUCCUCACGUGCGGCCAUGACCGGCAGCUGUGUCUGUGGGACGGGGAGCACCACGCGCUCGCCUGGAGCCUCGACCUCAAGGAGACGGGUCUCUGUGCUGAUUUCCACCCCAGUGGGGCAGUUGUAGCUGUGGGUCUGAGCACUGGCAGAUGGCUGGUCCUGGACACGGAAACCCGGGAGGUGGUGUCGGAUUUUACCGACGGCAACGAGCAGCUCUCGGUUGUCAGGUACAGCCCAGAUGGAGCCUAUCUGGCCGUCGGUUCGCAUGACAACACGAUCUACAUCUACAGCGUGUCCAGCGAUGGGGCCAAGUCCAGCCGUUUCGGCCGCUGCGCGGGUCAUUCCAGCUUCAUCACCCACCUGGACUGGUCCAAGGAUGGGAAUUUCAUCAUGUCCAACUCCGGCGACUACGAGAUCCUCUACUGGGACGUGUCCGGGGGCUGCAAGCUACUGCGGAACCGCUACGAGAGCCGGGAUCGGGAAUGGGCCACCUACACCUGCGUCCUGGGUUUCCACGUCUACGGCGUGUGGCCGGAUGGCUCGGACGGGACGGACAUCAACUCUCUGUGCCGCUCCCACAACGAGCGGGUGGUGGCCGUAGCCGACGACUUCUGCAAGGUGCACCUGUUCCUCUACCCCUGUGCCCGGGCCAAGGCCCCGAGCCACGUGUACGGAGGCCACGGCAGCCACGUGACCAGCGUCCGGUUCACUCACGAUGACUCCCACCUGGUCUCGCUGGGAGGAAAGGACGCCAGCAUCUUCCAGUGGCGGAUGCUGGGCGGAGGGGCCCCCCCUCCCACCCCUUCCCGCACCCCAUCCCUGUCUCCCGCUUCCUCGCUGGAUGCCUGAUCCCGCCGCCGCCGCCGCCGCCGCCGGUUCCUCUUCCCGGCCGGACGAGGACCCCCUUUUUUCCCAUUCCCCACUUCGUCACAUUCCGUGCGUCUCCACCUUCGUGGAAGGUGUUCCGUUGUACAGAAACGGGGCCGAGUUGGGGGGCGGCCUUGGCUCUCCCCCCACCGGCCCCCGGUUAUCCCUGCCGAGGGGCAAUAAACCCAGAGCA